AUAAAUGAUUGUAAUAAACUGAAUCCGCUUUUUCUCCAUAUGUCGCGCUCUUAUUUUCGUAAAUAACAUUAUUUGUAAUUGUGAGUGGCAACUACUUAAUGUUUGUUGCAUAUCUGCUUUGUCGUUUAGGUGCUAAUGAAUUGGCCAUCCUUUUUUUUUGCAUCUAAAAUUACUAGGAAUAUGGUAGUGUUUGCUCUUACCUUGAUUCGUCAUGGAGAAACUGCUCACAACAAAGAUAAUGUGAUUCAAGGUCAAAUGGAUGUUCCUUUGUCACAAACUGGCUUGCGCCAGGCAGAACUUUUGGGAUUUCAUUUGCAGUAUGAACAGUACAGUCAUGUAUAUGCAAGCGAUCUAACAAGAGCUAUGCAGACAGCUGAAAGUAUUAUUCGACAGAAUAAAUCUUAUAAAGCUCCUUUGUUUCAUGAUCGACGCUUGAGGGAAAGGAAAUUUGGAGCAGUUGAAGGUAAAAGUUUCAAAUAUUUAAGAGAAGCUGCUGAAAAGUCAAAGCAGAACACAGGCCAUUAUACUCCUCCAGGUGGUGAAACAGUACAGCAGGUUCAUGAAAGAGCAGUAUCUUUUUUCCAUGACUUGUGUGAGAUGGUCAAAGAACACAGUAAACUUGAGUCUGCCAAUGGCUCUGGAAUAAGUAGAGCUGAUUUAAAUGGUGGCAGUAGCUUAGAAAAUGGAAAACAAAGUGGUCAAAAGAGAAAGAGGGAAAAUGGUGAAGCUGGUAAGAUUCAAAAUUCUGAGUGCCAAAACAGAAGUCAAAGUAAAAUAUGUGUGAAAGAGUCACAGAAGAAUGAAGUUAAAAUUUCAGAAAAUUUGAAAUAUGAAUCUGGAAAUUGUAAUAAUUAUGAAGCUUGUAAUUUCUCUGCUGAAAAGGACAUUGUCGCUGCAUGUGAUAGAACUGAUAAAGACUUCUUUUGUGUUCAUAAAGACAUAACCUUGAAGCAAAAUGGGGACUUGAACAUCCCAUCCAGUGACAAAGGACAAUUUCCCAUUACAUUCACUGAUGAAAUCAUACGCUCACAAAUUGUGUCAAGUUGCAAUGACCAGCCCAAUAUUGAAUGCCCUAAUGUGUCUUUAUCACCUUUAGUUGAUCAAAAUUUUAUAGCAUCAGUUUUUUCUAAUCCUUCACAAGAACAUUCUCGUAAGGAACUUCAUCAUGAAAGACGACUUUCUGUUUGUAGUUCAUGUGAUGAUGCAGAUAGUGGACUUAAUCUUACAGCCAAUAUUCUUGUUGUAAGUCAUGGUGGAUGGCUUCGUGAACUCUUUCGCCACUUUGUUGAAGAUUUAGAAUGUUCAGUGCCUGGAGGGAAAAAACAAGCACUUCGCAUAAGUCCCAAUGCAGGAGUGUCAAAAUUUACUGUUUCUGUUGAAGAACAUGAUGGACAUCCAAAAAUCAUAUGUCUUCAGAUUCAUGAUAAGCAGCAUUUAAUUUCAUCAUCAUAUUCUGAUAACGUUUUAAAUCCAGAUGAGAUAGCUCUUUAAAUAGUGUAUUUUUUAAAAUUAUAUUGUGAGGGAAAAAAAUUAUUUUGCUGCUGUUUCUGUAAAAUUUGGGUAUGUUGUAAAUUGAGAUAUUUAUAUUGUUAUUUGUAAUGAAAUAUUGUUAAUCAUUUGUGUGAGUUCUGUAAAUGUUUCAGAUGUAAAUAUAUUUUAUUGCAUCAGUAUUUUGAUCAAAAUUAAAUUCUAAUCAUUAAUUUUUGUUACAAGUAUUUUUUGCAAACAUUCACAUGAACUCGUGUGUAUUUUUUUAAGUACAUACAAAUUUAUAUUUAUUGUAUUGUUGCCAGUUAAAUCUCAAUUUGAACAUUUCCAUGUUUUCUUUAUCUUUUGGAUUUUUUCUUAUGCAAAAAAUUAAAAGCUACAUUCUAUUCUUCAAAAUAAUGCAGGGUUUUCUUUAGGGCAGAAUGCCUGUAUUCUUAGAAUUUUGUGCAUAUUUAUAUACUGGUGUAGCAAUUUUUAUUUUAGCAUUAGUAAAACUGCAAGUAUUUUUUCUGUUAUCAUAAUUUACUUUUAUUAUCAUGUCCAUCACAAAAAUUUUUAGUUCCUUUGUUUUUAUAUGUAAGUAAACUGUAAAUGUUAAAUUACUUUCCUUUUGACUAUAUAAUAUUCAACAGCUAAUAACCUGGUUCAUUUUCUUCUUAAAAACAAACUUCCAUCAGAAAUGAUUAUAGUUCUCAACAUUCUUGGAAGCAUUUGGGAAAUUAUUGCUAACUAAAAAAAUUUGAAAUUAAAAAAAAAAAAAAAAAUAGUGUUUAAAAUUUUGCCAGUGCUUCUUGUGCAUGUGGCGAAGAAAUUAUCUUAUGUAUUAUUUACUGGGAAAACACCCAAAAUAUAUUGAUACUUAUUUUAUAUUCUACGAAGUGCCUAUCUGCAUGGUGAGCUUGGAUGAUGUGAAUUUUGACAAGCAUGCAUAACUCUUAUUGGAAGAUAAAAUGAAGUAAUUGUAUUGUAACUUGCUUUGUAUAAAUUUUAGCUUGUUUGAUUUCUUUUGUUCAUUGAAAAAUGUAUCAUAAAAAUAUUGUUAAUAUAUGUUCUCAAUAAGUAAUUUAAUAGCAGUGCUGGAAUAAAAUUACUACUAUUGUUAGGAUUUUUCAAGCACGUAAUUAUGUAAAUUUGCUGAAAACCUUAAUAGCUUCUUGUAUUUUAAUGCUAUAACUAAAUUUCAGCUACUUGAAUUUUGUAUUCAGGACUUGCAUUUUCUAUUUUAAAUUGAUUGCAUUCAUUUUUAUCAACAUAUUAACAACCUGUGUUAUAUUAGUUACCUCCCCACUAAGAUAUUUUUAAGUGCUUAUUUAUAUAAUUAUCUGUGAAGGAAAAGGGAGAAAAAUCUUUAAUGGUAUAAUAAAUUUAAUUACUCAUUUUAGAUGACUAAUUAUAUCUGUCGCACUGAAAUGUCAUUUCAUGAGAUUCUGUCAAUAUGUUGUGUUUAAAAAGUCAUAAAUUUUUUCAUUCAAUGGCUGUUUUUCAGUUAUAAGAAUUAUACAUUUUACUAUGGUACAUUUAUCUGAGCAUUUCAUUCCACCUUUUCCUGUUCGUAAUGAGUAUGUUGUAAAAGAUAUUUGAUACAAUCAUUGCUUCUAUCAACAUGGGAUUCUCUUUGUUUUCUUUGAAAUGACAGUGUACUAAUUCCAUCUAUAGCGUCUAUGAAAAAGGGCUGUCUGAGUGGCAGAACUGCAUAUUGGAAAUUUCAAGGAAGAGCAAAUAAAUCUCUAAUUAAAAAGGUCAGGAAA